AUGACUUCUGUGAGUGCUAUCGCUCGCCAAUUGAAUGCCCUCGAAAUAUCCUCGAAGCAAAAUACCACGCGACCCACGCAUCAGAAGAAACCAAGCCAAGGAAGCAAUAAUGUCGCAAAGCUCUUGACGAAAUUCGCUGCUCCCAAUCCUUUUCCAUCUAGUGCGACGGUACCAAAGAGUACCUCAUCAAGCUCUCUCAAGAAUAAACAACAGCCACCGCAGCAACGAUCCCAAGAAGAGCAGUCACAAUCAGAAUCUCGAGCGCCCUCGCCUCCGAAAGGCCUCGCACAGCCGACCUUCGACAUCGGGCGAUACGAUGGCGGCUUUGAGAUUGACAAUGAGAGUCGUGGAGAACGAGUGUAUGGUCAAGCGGCAGAGGAUCUUGCUCUAGACUCGAGUGUAUGUGGGAUUCGCCCCACUCGCGAGUGGCAUCUCACGGACUUUGACAUAGGACGCCCACUUGGAAAGGGCAAAUUCGGGCGCGUAUACAUGGUUCGCACGAAAUGUGCACCACAUUAUAUUCUCGCCCUCAAGUGUCUAUAUAAAUCCGAGAUCGUGCAGUCGCGAGUUGAGAAGCAGAUCCGGCGCGAGAUCGAAAUCCAACAGAACCUCCGACACCCAAAUGUCCUGCGACUGUAUGGCUACUUCCACGACGAGAAGCGCAUCUUCCUCAUGCUCGAGUUCGCGGGCAAGGGGGAGCUGUACAAGCAGCUGACGAAGCACGGAUGUUUUACCGAGAAACGUAGCUCUCGUUAUGUCGACCAAAUGGCCGAUGCGCUAAACUAUCUUCACGCAAAACACGUUAUUCAUCGCGACAUCAAGCCGGAAAAUCUUCUCUUAGGCAUCAAUGGCGAGUUGAAGAUCGGUGAUUUUGGAUGGAGUGUUCAUGCACCUGGAAAUCGGAGAACAACGCUGUGCGGGACGCUUGAUUAUCUCCCACCGGAGAUGGUGGAAGGUCGAGAUCACUCAGAGAAGGUCGAUUAUUGGGCAUUAGGGGUGCUCACAUACGAAUUCAUCUGUGGCGCGCCACCAUUCGAAGAUUUAACUGGUUACAAUGGUGAGCUCGCAUUAAUCAGUGACAAUUUGCGUCUUAAUGCACCGUUAGCUACGUACAAGCGCAUCGCAAAAGUCGACCUUAAGAUUCCUUCAAAAGUGUCACCAGAGGCACGGGAUCUCAUUACCAAAGCAUGUAUCUGUGGCGUUUCAGCGGUAUGCAUAACGCUGAUCGACGUCUCGCAGCUCCUCCAAUACGAUCCGGACAAACGCCUGCCAUUGGAUGACGUACGGGUACAUCCUUGGAUCGUGAAGUACAGGUCAAAAGGACCGUCGACGUCGAUGCCUAACAAUUGA